CAGGUUCCUCAUACCAUUAUAAAGAUAGUUACACAUUCACUAACAUUUCUGCUUGAACCUCCACCACAUUACUGACAACAUGGUGUUCACUGUUAAGGACAUGUCCUUUAAGGCUGGUCAGGAGUUGACCAUCUCUGGAAAAACCAAAUCCAGCUCGAAAGUGUUCUCUGUUAACAUUGGUCAUGACUCUGACAACAUAGCGCUCCAUUUCAACCCCAGAUUUGUUCAUGACGCUGGCAGCAAAGUGAUUGUGUGUAACUCUAAUAGAGGAGGAUGGGGUGAAGAGCAGCUUGAGAACAGCUUCCCUUUUGACGAGGGUGAAUCCUUUAAGGUGGUGAUCAGCUUCAAUAAUGACCAGUUUUAUAUUAAGCUUCCCAACGGCACAAUGAUGAGCUUCCCGAACCGCUUUGGAGACGACAGCUUUAAGUACAUUGAUGUGCAGGGUGAUGUGAAGGUUCAGGGCAUCAAGAUCAAGUAAUUGUGAAAAGUGAUUUUGCUCAUACGCAUCAGUAUGGUUACACAACACUGAGGCUGGAGUGAAAGUGCUGGUCUAGAGCUGAGAUUUGCCAAUAAAACUCAUUUAAA